AUGAAUUGCAACCAACUCCAAGAGAGCGCCAAACCUCAGCGAUACGUAGUCAAGCGACCAAAGGCCCUUCAAUGGUUCUACAACGGCCAGGUAUACAAGGAGAGCCACGAGGAGAGACAGGCAGGCCGAUUCGAACUGUUCCUCGAUCUGCUGUACGUCGCCAUUGUCGCCAAUUUUAGCGACGAUCUUGCCGAGUCCCCAAAUGGCGCCCAUCUCGCCAAGUACAUUCUCAUUUUCGCCCCGGCAUGGCACAUUUGGGCUGAUCUGCGAGAGAUCAUGAAUUCCUACUAUACGGACGAUCUGCUGCAGCGGCUUGUCAUUCUCUGGGUCAUGGCCCUCCUGGUCCUCUACGCCAACAACGCAAGGGAGGCAAACGUCGACAUCGCCGCCAUGCGGACGACCGCGGCUGCCUACGUAGUCGCUCGGUUUUCCACCAUGUGCGUGUUUGUCAUCAGCUCCUUUGCCAGCUACCAACAUCGUGCCCAAGCCCGCAUCCUCGCAGGUUUCAUGUGCGUUGGCCUGUUCAUUACCAUCCCACUCUUCUUCGAAUCCGUGAGCAUCCGUGGGAAAGCUGCCGUCGUGGCCGUCAUGAUUGCCUAUCAGGAGGCGACGUGGUCCAUUACUCUCAGUCCUUGGAUCAAGCGCCGCCUCAAGCUUACAUACAGCACUGCCGUUGACAUUGCCCACGAGAUUGACCGCAUGGCCGCCUUCUUCAUCAUCAUCCUCGGCGAGUUCAUGUACAGCGUCAUUGUCGGCGACCCGGCCGGCAUUGGUCUGACAGCAGGCUACGCAAAAGCCGUGUGCACUCUGGUCAUUGCCUUUUGCAUCAACUGGAUCUACGUCAGCGGCGACGGCAGUCUACAGGCCACGCAUCCAAUCCGCCGGUCUGCUUGGACGGCGUUUGGCUUUUUCCUGCUGCACUUGCCGCUGUCGGCGUCAUUUCUGAUCGGCGGUCACAUUUGCGCCGUCAGCACGAGGUUGCACGAAUUCGAACAGGGGCAGCGCUGGCUGCUCGGUGGCGGACUGGGUGUGGGCUUGUUUUGUCUCUGGAUCUACGCGCAGCUGUUUCGCACGCAUGACGAAGACUGUCUGAUGCUGCCCAAGCAGGCUCGCAUAGGUAUGCGCCUGCUCAUAGCUGUGAUGCUCGUCGUCCUCCCAGAGACGCACGGUCACUUGACGGCCACGGAGUUUAUGCUGGUUUUCAUGUCAUUAUUCGCGAUCCUGACUGUCUGGGAAACAAUUGGCGGCUUGAUGAAGGGUGCCCGUCUCUUUGAGCCGUGGACCGACAGGCAUGCGCCUGCGGAGGGAGACUCCAGCGAGGCAUUGACCUAG